GCGACCGCGGAGGCGGUGCCAGUGGCGUCAGCCAGCUCGGCUUUCCAGGCUCGAGGCUCGGCUCCACCAUGGCUCCCAAAGGCGGCUCCAAGCAGCAAUCUGAGGAGGACCUGCUCCUGCAGGAUUUCAGCCGCAACCUCUCGGCCAAGUCCUCCGCGCUCUUCUUUGGGAACGCCUUCAUCGUGUCCGCCAUCCCCAUCUGGUUAUAUUGGCGAAUAUGGCAUAUGGAUCUUAUUCAGUCUGCCGUUCUCUAUAGUGUGAUGACCUUAGUAAGCACUUAUUUGGUAGCCUUUGCAUACAAAAAUGUGAAAUUUGUUCUCAAGCACAAAGUAGCACAGAAGAGGGAGGAUGCAGUUUCCAAAGAAGUGACUCGAAAACUUUCUGAAGCUGAUAAUAGAAAGAUGUCUCGAAAGGAAAAGGAUGAAAGAAUCUUGUGGAAGAAGAAUGAAGUUGCCGAUUAUGAAGCUACAACAUUUUCCAUCUUCUAUAACAACACCCUAUUCCUGGUCUUGGUCAUUGUUGCCUCCUUCUUUAUAUUGAAGAACUUCAACCCCACAGUGAACUAUAUUUUGUCCAUAAGUGCUUCAUCAGGCCUCAUCGCCCUCCUGUCUACUGGCUCCAAGUAGACCAUGUCCGCUUUGCCCCCUGGCUUCGUAUCUACGGGUGGCCUGUGGUAUAUGGAAAAGUAGCAGGGUGGUCAGAGUGAGAGACACACAAGAUGUUUUUAUAGUCUGCAGUUUGAGGGUUUGAAAAACCCAACAAAAUGUAAUUCAGUAUUUGUGUAUUGGCUCUUUUUUGACAGAUUGUUGAAAUUAAAGGAAUUGGAAAGGAAA